AUGAUCGCUCCAGUUCACUCUUUAGCUGCUGGCGGUGGUUUUGCAGGCGAUGACUUUAUUGGAGAUGCCGGCCCCUCACUUGUAGUUCUGACUUCACGCGGUCUCCACAUUUUGAGACCACUACUCAAAUCGCCAGCUCAUUUAUCCCUUGAGCUGCAAUCAAAGAACUCGUCUAAUCCAGAAAGUGAGCACCUACCAGAAUCUAAAUCUUCGUAUCCGAAGUUAUCUGCAGCAUCUCUAGCUAAUGUUAAGUCCGGAUCGAACUCAGACACACAAUACAAGAAUAGCCUGAUCAAUAUUUUACUAGCAAGACUGGCAUCAACAUAA